AUGCCUCCCAUUUCGAAAGAUCAUAUUUCGUAUCCGCUGGAAGCUGGGUCUUCGUUGUUGGAUGUUAAGAGGUUGCCGAUGGAGGUCACGACGGCGUUGGAGUAUGUGUCGUCGAAGCUGGCGAGGAAGAAUAUGCAUUUCGCUUUUAUCGUUAUAAGAAAAGAAGUCCAGGUCCCGUCAACGGGAAUGACACCGGAUUCAGCGACAUUUCCAUCACCUACCGAUUCUAUCUUCUCGAAGGUUUCCUCGUCUUCAUCUGUUUUCUCUCGAGCUCUUAGCAAGUCGUCGUCGAGAUCUUCAUUACGAUCUGCUUUCUCCUCGGGUUCGUCGACUUGUUCGUCUGUCGCUUCAUCGGCUAGUCUGUCGAGGACUCAAUACCCUUCUCUUCCUACCUCACCAAGAGACUUCUCUGCUGCACCAAGACUAAACGUCCUCACCGCCACAACAUCACCAGCUCUUCCAUGUAUGUCACCAAGCACACCCAACCCAUUCGGCAUCACCCUCCUUCAAACAGCACCAAUCAGUCCUCGCUCCUCAAAAUUCCUAAACUCCACCAUAGAACGCGCCGAAAAGCGCUACCCAUCCAUAGGCACAGGCUGGCUCGUCCCAAAACCCUACACCACCACCUCGGCCCCUACUGACCUAAUCGCCCGCUCCCUCUCCCAAAAUGAAAUCAUCUUCGCCUCCGGCGGCCUAACAUUGCUCUCACUCGACCACGUCUACACCUUCAAAACCCACCUGCAACUCUACUCCCGCACCCUGACGCCCCCCUCCCUAACCCUCGCAGUCGACGAGCUCCGCCGUUUAAUCCUCGCCCAGGGCCCAGGGACUACCAUAACGAAAUCCCAUCUCACCCGUUCAUACCCAUGGCUCGGCAUAUCCUUCCCCGCCCUCGUAGACAUAAACCAAGCCUACAAAACCGCCUACGGCGGCUCCUCCCGUUCAGGCGCCAUCGACGUCGCAGAAACACCCGUCCGCACCGCCGCCAUCCCCACGUUGAGCCUAACCACCUCGUUCACCCGACCAACACCAACCUUCAACGUGCGCUUCUCAACCGCAAGCACCUCCUCUCUCUGCUCAGAGACAUCCUACUUCUCCCCCGUAUCUCCCUAUUCGUCCUCCGACCCGGGCACCGCCGUGCCGCUGACCGCCAUUUCCAUGGGUGAGAGCGCGAGGGGUGUGGAGCUGGAUACGGCGAUUAGUUAUCAGUUUGAUCUUGAGAGCGCGUUUCCGGGGCGGGGACCGGGACCAUUGACGCCGAAUCGUGGGGAUGAUAUUACGCCGGUUACGAAGGGGGAGUGGACGUUUUUGAGGGUGGAUGCUAGUGCGAGGAGGGGUGCGGUGGAGACUUGUUAG